AAAUUCUGUUUGUCAAUGUCAAGUCGUCAAAUCUGUGAAACCGUGUGUUUCUUGGCAAACCGGAAAUAAUUGUUUAAUUAAAUAAAUUGACACCAAAUACUAUCAGUUCUCAUAAAAUUUAUGUUCAUUGAUUUGUUAAACAUUAAACUCUUUAUUUUUUAGAGUGGGUUUCAUUUUAGUUACCCCUGUGUGCUUCUCCAAGUAUGGGCGAUACACCGAAAGUAAAGAACGGUACUGUUAUCUAACCUCGCGCAUUUGGGAUUGUUAAAAAUUUAUUAUCAUGGCAUUUGAUUUGAAAAAAGAGGAAGAGGUCAAGGAAUACAUUGAGAACCUUGGCAUCGAAUACCGUUUCGGUUGUUACCAAGAGAAGAAGCCGCAAGUGUGUCACCUUUUGGGCGAUUACUUGGAGGCUAUCAAGAAAGACUUCGAGAAGGCCGCUAAAGUGUAUAAAAGCAACUGUUUAGAUUAUAAAUACGGGAAGUCAUGUUUAAAAUUUGGGAAUUAUACACUGGUGGGUCGCGGGCGAGAGAAAGGUGACGCCGCGGAAGCCCUAACCUAUUUCGAGAAAGGAUGUGAUUUGGGUGAACCUUCAGCAUGCUUGCACGCGGGAAUGCUGCUGACAGCCACUGGCCCGGGAGUUAAAAUUCAAAGAGAUGUUCCCAAAGGAUACAACUUCCUAAAAAAGGGAUGUGAUUUAAAUGACGACAUGUCAUGCCACUACUUAUUCGGGAUGUACUUGACUGGUGUCCCCAAAAACGUUGCAGACUUCAACCCACACAAUCCAGAGAAAAACAAAAACAUAGAAUAUCUGAUAAAGUCCGAUAUGAAACAGGCAUUUACAUUUGCAAAGAAAGCUUGUGAGCUCGGCAAUAUGUAUGCAUGUGCAAAUGUCAGUAUGAUGUACAAAAAAGGAGAAGGCGUUGAGAAGAAUCCUGACGAAUCAAAGAGAUAUUUCCAAAUCGCACAAAAUCUACAAAAAGCACAUGAAACCACAAAAGAAAUAAAAUUCCAGCAAGGUCUCGAUGAGAAAUAGUGUAAAAUUUUAGCCUUGUUUUGCAUUUACUUUUAAAUCAAUGUUCAAAGUAUUCAGUAAUAUUUUGUGUAGAUGUUGUUUACCUCAGUAAAAUAAAAGAGUUGUUACAUAAAA